AGAUGUUGAACAAAUGGAUGUUCGAUAAAAAGAAGCUGCGACAAACACCAAGUCAGAGUGAUGGGGUUGAUUAUUUGACUGAGAUACUUUAUCGAAAAGAAGGUGCAAAAUUUAUCCAAGCAGCAGUAAAAGAACUUCGGCUUACUCAUGAUACCAUGGCAACUGGUUGUGUAUUCUUUCACAGAUUCUUUAUGUUCCACUCCUUUGAAAAAUUCAACAGGUGGGUGAUGGCUGCAUCCUGCUUGUUUCUAGCUGGCAAAGUGGAAGAAACGCCCAAACUUAGCAAGGAUAUUGUACGGACAGCUAAGCAUCUGUUGAGUAAGGAGCAGUUCACAGCAUUUGCAUUGAAUCCAGUCGAUGAAAUGCUUCUUUACGAAAAGAUUCUUCUCCAGACAGUGAAGUUUGACUUCAAUAUAAUUCACCCAUACAAGUUUAUAUUGAAGUAUGCGAAGCAGUUCAGGGGAGAAAAAAAUCGCAAAAGUGACGUGGUUCAGAUGGCAUGGAACUACUGUAACGAAUCUUUCUGCACGCCUGUGUCCCUGCAUUACACGCCUGAUGUUAUUGCGGGAGCGUUGCUCACACUGUCUGCUAAGCGGUGUAAGUUCAGCAUUAGUCUCUCUAAAGACGUAGAGAAGGAUGAUCUGUACGAACAGAUUGACGCCCCUUGGUGGGGCUAUCUCAUUGAGGUAAAGACGAACCAGUCUAAAUCAAAUAGUUCCACCUCGGUAGACGACAUAGAGGAGAUUCAGAACAUAAUGCAGCGUCUCAGUGAAGAGAAAGCAGAUCUUUACGAGGACGAGGUGGACGUUACAGCCUGCGACUCACCUGGUAACGAGGACAACGAACUGUCAGACGUUGACAUAGAGGAUGUAGCGCCGCCUCCCCCACCCCGCGAUAACAAGCGACACAUUCCUGGACUUGAGCCAAGUCAGCAUGCGUCAAAACGCGCGGCGCUAAGAGACAGUGCUCCGAGUAAUGGGAGUAAAGCAGACAGUAUUCCCAUGUUAGGAGAAUCACACCCCCCUCCUCCUCCUGCACCCCCUUCAAGAAGGAGGGAGUCGGGGAGACACAGCAGGGACAACCCCGGCAUAUAUGAUCCUAGCAGGGGUUUCUUAUAGCUCCAACUUUUCAGUCUACUUUUAAACAACCCCGGCAUAUAUGAUCCUAGCAGGGGUUUCUUAUAGUUCCAACUAAAAGUCUACUUUUAAACAACCCCGGCAUAUAUGAUCCUAGCAGGGGUUUCUUAUAGUUCCAACUAAAAGUCUACUUUUAAACGUGCCCAGAAUUAGGUACCCUUGUUAGAGUUGAAAUGCUCAGAUCCCAGGCAGGGACUAUAAUAUCAUCUAGACUAUAUUCUAGUCUAUCCAAUAUAUAGUAUCUAUACUAUCUAGACUAUCAGCUAUAAUACUAAUUUACUAUCUGGAUUAUCUAGUCGGUAAUGACUAAUGUUAUCAGAUAUAAUGAUGUUCAUUGUUCAGGGUUAUAAGAACUGAUAAUAAUAAUUCACGCAUCUUUAAAUUCUUCAAGGGGUAAAUAUUUAAUACAGAAUAAUGUUAGUUAAUAACCUUACUCGCUGUGAGGUGUCUCUACUUAGAGAUCAGGUGAAUGAAAAUAACUCUCAUUACAACUAUUACUGUUUGUUAAUUAAUUUUAAUUUAUAA